AAUGAAAUAAAAUCAAGGAUGAAAAUUUGUAAAAAUUGAUGUAGAAUUUUUUUGUUGCUAUUUUAUUAUGCGUUAAUUAUUUUUAUAAUGAAAAAGUACCAAUGGAAGUACAUUGAGAUUGAGAUUUUACGUACAGUUGGUAAAGAAAAUUUAUCGAAAUAAUUGUAAGACACCGUAAUUUAAGUCGAACAAACAAUCGACAACCAUGGAGAAUAGAGACAUAGAGUCUGUAUUCUCCAUGCGACCAACAAACGGUUUUUAUGAAUAAAAAUAUAAAGAAUCAGUUUGUCGGCGCUAUUUGCUUUAAGAGGUUUCUAAGACGCACGUGGAUUUGGUGAGGAGAUUUAGCUUUUUAUUGUGCUCUUGAACAAAGAUUAUUUUUAUGAAAAAUGGGAAAAUUCGUAGUAGCUAAACUAGAAGACAAAAAUGAAGAUAAAUGGGAGGGAGUUCCUGAUUUGUGGGUUACUAAAGAUGACGACCAAUGUUGGUGGCCAAACAAUGAUGUUCAAUAUAAAGCGGAAAAUGAAGUUAUAUUUAAUGGCUCUUCUAAGGGAUGGUAUUUGCGUCCUGUUGAGGAUGUCUAUAAUGCUGAUUAUUAUACACUUGAUGACGCUGAAGAAAAAGCGGCCGAACUUAAUCGUAAAGAUUUAGAAGACGAAAGAUAUAACGAACUUAAUACAAAGUUAUGUACUGUAGAAAGUAAGCUUGAUUCAAAUUAUCUCACGAUGUUUUACAAGCAAGAAGAAAUGAAUCAGGAUUUUCAAGAGAUGAAAGAGAUAUUGGAAACUCUGAAAAAUCAAGCUGAUAUUUAUCAUGGAAAUAAAUUAAGUUUAGCAGCUCUUUUGCCUAUUAAGGAUCUUGAAAAUCUACAAUCAUUUGAAUUACGACUCAUGAUUGAGGAUGCGAUAUCGCAAGCUUUUAAAGAAUUGAUUGCCAUUUUGACUGAUGAUGAAAACUUGACUGAGAGUGUUUCGAAGAUUCUAGGAACAGUUUUUUCAAAUCAGUUUGCAGCUCAGUGUUCCUGGGAUGGGCAAAGUGGAAUUAAAAUUGAAAACUUUUUCAUUUUAAAAAAAAUUAGAGUGAUAUUGAAAAAUAUUGAUGCAAACUAUGAAGGAUUCGAAAGAGAUGUAACUCUUUGGCUUGAGAAUAAAAAAAAGUCAACGACAACACCAAAUUAAAUUAAAAUUUAUCUAUUUUUGUACUAAGAUUCUUUGUUAUUAAAAAUUAUGAAACAGAUUUCAUAAAUUUGAUAAAUGAUCUAUUAAAACUAUUAUGAAAAAUUU